AUGUUUAACAAAAAGAAACUAUUACAAAACAUUGUAGAACUCUAUUAUGAAUAAGUAGAAUAGAUGGAGACUAACUAUGAUAUGGAUAAUAAAUAUGCCACCAAAAUAUAGUCCUAUUAUCGAAUGUAUGUGUUGCAUAAAUCUUACAAAAAGAAUCAAAAUGCAACAAUCACAAUCCAAAAAUAUUGCAGAGCCUAUCUAGCAAGAUAACUAGUAAAAUAGAAAUUGAGUGAAUGCAAAAACAGAAGAAAUGUAUCUACUAUACUCAUAUUCAAUUAGAUUAUAUAUCUCUCCCAUUAAGCAUAAACAAUACAAAGAUAUUUCAGAGGAUAUAUUUAUCGCAAAUAUGUUCAUGACUUUUACCUAAGAAAAAAGUAACUGGAAUUAAUGAACAUCAAAAAUCAAAACUUCUUACAAGAAUUACGUUUAAAAGCUGAAUAAGAAAAGGAAGAAGAGAAAAUCAGACAUGAAUAAGCUGCCAAAUAAGAGUUCAUGAAACUGGCUACUAAUUUACAUCAUUUAACAUCGACCAAGUCUCAACCUGGAAUCUAUAAGCCUCCAUUUGCAAAAGAAAAUCCAAAGGCCUUUGAUAUUGAAGUUGAAACUUAAUUAAAAAUUGCAUUCCAAACGAAUACGCAAUGGAAAACACAAAAAAGAAGUGGAAGUGCUUAAAGAGCACUCACCAGUCAAGGAUUCAGAAUCAGACCUCAAUCUUAGAAGCUCAAAUGA